AUGUCGUGUCAAAUGGUGGCCCAAAAUAUAAGGCAUUACCACCUGAGCAUCAGCACCGACCAGCACCACAGCGCACACACACACACCAGCAGUAGCAACAGCACUCCACUUGGUUCUGUCCCAACUGCUGAUAGCCCAGUCCAGCCAGCAAGCACCGUUCGCCGCCUCGUCUCUUGGGAGCAAAAGUCCGAACAACGACACCUCCCCGGCCUCAACCUCCCUAAUCGCUCCACCACAUCUACAAACCACCUUCACAAACCUCGAUCUCGUGUCGUCAAGAUGUGGAUUAUUGAUUGGUUCUACAACGUCCUCUCGAGCCUUGGCCUGCUCAACAAGCACGCCAAGCUCCUCUUCCUCGGUCUGGAUAAUGCCGGAAAGACGACGCUUCUUCACAUGUUGAAGAACGACCGUGUCGCUAUCCUGCAGCCAACUCUUCACCCCACCUCCGAGGAGCUUGCCAUCGGCAAUGUGCGCUUCACCACCUUCGAUCUCGGCGGUCACCAGCAGGCCCGCCGCCUCUGGAAGGAUUACUUCCCCGAAGUCAACGGCAUUGUCUUCCUUGUCGAUGCCAAGGACCAUGAGCGGUUCCCCGAGGCCAAGGCCGAGCUCGACGCCCUUCUGUCCAUGGAGGAGCUGGCCAAGGUUCCCUUUGUGAUCCUCGGCAACAAGAUUGACCACCCUGACGCCAUUUCCGAGGACGAGCUCCGUCACCAGCUCGGCAUGUACCAGACGACCGGUAAGGGCAAGGUGCCCCUGGAGGGAAUCCGGCCGAUCGAGGUCUUCAUGUGCUCGGUUGUCCUCAGACAAGGUUGGGUUUACGACGAAGAAGUCCACGACCUGAUGCACGAGUUCGCUGCUCAGUCAGCCCGGCAGUCAGCCCAGACGCCGUGUCGCCGUACCCAUGGUGAUCCCGGCGGAGACUGUGAUGCAACCGAGGCCACCGUGUCAGCAGCAGCCCGCGUAGGUUUGAGGUGGGAGGUCUAUGGAUACUUCAUUAGCGGACGACAGGCCAUCGGCUCCAGUCCCGGCUAUGUGAAAGAACUGGGGACCUCUCACUCUUCCCUCCACUUGCCCCAACGAAAUCCAAUUCGAGCUACUGCCGACGUCAUCCGACCCGUGGCAUCACGGGCGCAUUCCCUAGGGAGGAGGCGCGCAUCUUCAGAAAAGGCUCCGGCCGCCGAACAAACCCCCAAAGCCUUCAAGUGUCCCCCAACAAAUGUCCAGAAAUCACCCGCCCUGCACGCCCCGGAUCCUCUGCAAUCGCCUGCUGAUGACACAACCUCCCUACGGUCUCCCGGCUUGAGGAGCAACAGCUCGAUCGACUUCACGAAACGUGGAUCUGUUUAUGAAGAUGAGAAGGAGGAUCCGCAGGCUGUUGCGGCUGCGGCUGCGGCCGCCGCGGGAGAUGUGACUGCUCCCGGGCCAGCAGCAAACGGGAACGUCUACGCCAGCCAACCCAACAUGUUCAUCACGGCGCAGAACGAUUGGGCGCCUGUUAAUCAGAGAAUAUCGAAACGGGGGUCACGGAAGAGGAGGAACAGAGCCAAGGGCGCCGCUGAGGCGUUGCUCGGCACGCGGACUAAAGACGAGACUCGGGAGGGCAUAUUCUACGCCCUUCUUAAAUGGCCGAUGCUAUUCUUUGUGGGAGCAUGGCUUGGAGGUCUCGCGAUGACGUACCUUUAUACAAGACUGUAUAUAUGGGUGUAUGAACAUUUCGUCACCUGGCGGGGCACGAGGGAGCGACUUAGACGCAGCAUGAGGCAGACGAAUAACUACCGCGAUUGGGUCGUCGCAGCCAAGGAACUAGACAGCUAUCUCGACCGGCAGCGAUGGAAGGAGGAGAAUGACUUUGCGUACUACGACUCUAAGACCGUAAAGAGGGUAUGGGAGCAGAUGCGCAAGUGCAGGCAGCGAGCUGAGGCGCUAGAGAACGGAGAGGCAGACGACGAGAGCCAGGCGAAAGAGGGUAAGCCUGCUGUCGAGGAGCUUCAUACGUUGCUCUCAGCUUGCGUGAAGAGCAACUUUGUUGGGGUUGAAAACCCUAGGCUGUAUAGUCAGACGUAUUAUGGCACAAAGAAUCUGGUGCAGAACUUUGUCGAUGAGGUUGAGAGGAGCAUCAAGUUCAUCCUCAACACCAAGCAGCUCACCAUCGAGGAGAAGCGGGGCAUCUUCAAGGGCAUGCAUGCCAAUUACGGUCGGACUGCUCUGUGUCUUUCUGGCGGCGCGGCGUUUGCAUACUAUCAUUUUGGCGUCAUCAAAGGUCUUCUUGAGGCGGACUUGCUUCCGGAUGUCAUCACUGGUACUAGCGGCGGCGCCCUCGUUGCUGCCCUAGUCGCAACGCGUACCAACGACGAGCUGAAGAAGCUGCUGGUCCCAGCGCUCGCUGAUAAGAUCACUGCUUGCCGCGAGAGUUUUACGACCUGGAUACCUCGCUGGUGGAGGACAGGCGCCCGGUUUGAUUCUGUCGACUGGGCGCGACAGUGCAGCUGGUGGACUCGGGGUUCAAUGACCUUCCGCGAAGCAUACGAGCGUACCGGCCGCAUAUUGAACGUCUCGUGCGUGCCGGCUGACCCUCACUCGCCUACCAUCCUUUGCAACUACCUCACCAGCCCCGACUGCGUCAUUUGGUCUGCUGUCCUCGCCUCCGCCGCUGUUCCUGGAAUCCUCAACCCUGUAGUUCUGAUGAUGAAGCAGCGUGACGGGACGUUGGUACCGUAUUCUUUCGGACACAAGUGGAAGGACGGCAGUCUAAGGACGGACAUCCCUAUCAAGGCUCUCAACCUGCACUUCAACGUCAACUUUACGAUUGUGAGCCAGGUGAACCCGCAUAUCAACCUCUUUUUCUUCUCCUCGCGCGGGUCAGUCGGACAUCCCGUCACACACCGCAAAGGAAAGGGUUGGAGAGGAGGGUACGUUAUGUCCGCAGUCGAGCACUAUCUCAAGCUUGACAUGACAAAGUGGUUGAAAUUCAUCCGACACGCGGAGCUUCUGCCGAGACCGCUGGGCCAGGACUGGAGUCAGCUCUUCCUGCAGCAGUUCAGCGGGACGAUCACCAUCUGGCCCAAGACCGUGCCAUCCGACUUCUACCAUAUCCUAUCUGACCCGGACCCUCCAAGACUGGCAAGGAUGAUUCACGAGGGUCAGCAGCGCGCGUUCCCCAUCCUCAAGUUUGUGAGCAACAGGUUGAAGGUGGAGCGUGUUAUUGAGCAAGGUCGACGGGAGACGAGACCGUGGAUCAGGAGGGGUAGCAUCGAGACCAUCCUCAGCGAAGACGACCUCAGGAGCCUGCUCAUCACGGGCAGCACGGACGUCGAAGAGGACACAACGGACGCGGAGGGGGAGACGAUGCUGGAGAACGAGGAGGCUAUCAUUGACGACGAGGAAGAACAGUUCGAGAGGGGGAUCAAAAGAGAUUAG